AUGUCAAUACGUAACAAAACAAAACGGCACACAAGCGAGAGUCCGGCUACGUCGAGUCCCUCCAGUACCACCACCGGACAUUCCAGGCCAACAACUCCAACGAGCCCAGUCCAAAUACCCAGGCGAAGUCUUGGCGACGAGAAGUACCAUUUGAAGAAGGAUUUCUCGCAUCACCGCCGGCAGCGGAAACAAAUUCACUCUACGGAUUCGAUCUCGCCUUCUGUUGCCGCACUCCUAGCCCUCACUGACAUUCCUAGGCCCCAGCGGCGACGUCGUCGGGUUGACAGGUCCUUCACCCUCGAGGAAAUCGUCAGUGACCAGCAUGUGUCGGAGAAGGCAUUCAGCUUAUCCCUCGGGCGCGGGCCCUUGGAUUUGCUCUUGUCGCCACCGGAGGAUUUGCCAGAUGAUGAUUUCAGCGCUCUAGAAGGCAAUAUUGGUUCAGUGUUGGCAAGGACGACAUCUGCGGAUUCUGUCCCGUCGUUGGGCGGGGAAUCCCUCUCUACAGACAUGGCUUCUUCCCUCGAGACACCGAGAAGUAUUAGUUCUUCUGCGAAGCGGCGACAUAGUUUGAUGCGCAAGUCCUUGGAGCCUGUUCGCUCACCACCUGACGCCACCAAGGAGCACCCUCUUGCCGCCAUGGAGAGCCUCGAGAUUGAGGAGCUUGUGCUUCCUCCGGCUGAGCGGUCGGACGAGGACAACUCGUCGUAUCCGCUUCUCCAGCCCUUCAAGCCACUUCGAUCUGCAUUCAAGUCCAACUUGACCGCUUCUUUACGAGCCUUGCGGCUAGCAGCUAAAUCCUUCUCAAACCUGAAUUUUCCAUCCAUUGCAGCAGACGACUUCUUGACGCGCUCCAUCUUGACCAUUGAUCCGAACGUCCCAUACAUGGAUGAGCGGCGACCACCGGUUACUGGAGAGAUGCCCUCGGCUGAGUUGCGUCGCUAUCUCAACCCUACCACGAGCAGUCACCUGGAUUCUCGGCCGAAGCCAAGAGCUCCCGGCACUUUCUCCGCCUCCAUCCAGAUGCAGACCUACAAGGUUCAUCGCUCCCGAUCUGCUCCCCCGUCGCCACGCACGCCGUCAGGUGUUGGCAAUGCCUCGCGGCCUCCCUCCCCUGUCAACGGUCACCACGCCAUCAAGACAAGCCAGCACACUGAAUCUGUCCCUGGCAUGCGGCAACGAGAGAUGCGAGAGAACCCGGAUUUCAUUCGCAUCGCUGUGAUGGAAAUGGCGAUGCGACGACGCGGCAAACUUGACAAUCAAAAACCAGGUCGCGCUCGUUGGGUGCUACCGCCUCGCCGAGCAUCCGUCAAACCCUACGAGGUCGGCUCCAACGGUGUCCCAAUCAGAAAUGCAAGGCCUUCGGUCGGAUGGAGAGGGCAAAACUACUUUGUUCCUUUGCGGCAAGUGACAGCGGACGCCGACAAGGUUCUACAACAGCGACUGCACGGAGCCGGACCAAUGGGCCCAUUGAACACGAGUCUAUAA